AUCAACAACUUCAUGUGCAUCAUCAACAUCUUCGGCAUCAUCAGCAUCAUCAUCGUCAUCAUCAUCAUCAUCUGCACCAUCAACAACAUCAUCAUCAUCGACCUUUUCGAUCGCAUCACCAUUACAAUCAACAACAACACUGACAUUAUCGUCGACAAUAAAUUCAUCAUCAUGUUCACUAUCAUCAACAUCAGCAACAUCAUCAUCAUCAUCAACAACAAUAAAUGAUGCCAUUACUAGGGGCGAAGUGAAACGGCCGAUUGCAGGCCAAAUAGUGAAUAGUGAAAUAUCGUUAGCAUGGAGAAAUAUACGAUAUGAAGUAUCACCACAUUGGCCAUGGUGGCCAACAUCCCAACAACAAAGAACUAAAGUGAUAUUAAGACGUUUAAAUGGCCAUGUCCGCUAUCAAACCAUGACUGGUUUCAUGGGACCAAGCGGUGCAGGUAAAACUACAUUGCUUAAUUGUCUUAAUGGUAAUAUUCAACGAUUAUGUUCCGGUUCGGAAAUUUAUGUUAAUCGUGUUGAAAGAAAAAUACCUGUUUGUGGUUUUAUUGAACAACAUGUUCAUGAAACAAUUAUCGGUCGAUUGACUGUACGAGAAAUUUUACGAUUUGCAUUUCGAUUCAAAAAUUCUGAUUGUUCAAAUAGCCAAACUAUGGAUCAACAUAUCGAUAUGACUAUUGCCGAAUUGAUGCUUGAUUAUCGUUGUCUUGAACGUCAUUUUGAACAAUGUUCAGGCGGUGAACAAAAACGUAUAGCAGUUGCACAGGAACUAAUGUGUAUCGAUCGUAAACCACAAUUUUUAUUCAUUGAUGAACCAACUACCGGUUUGGAUAGUCAAGCAGCAUUAGAAGUAAUGAGAUGUUUACGACAAUUGACAGCUGUUCAUCGUAUUACAGUACUAGUAUCAAUACAUUUGCCAAAUGAUGAAAUAUUGCGAAUGUUCGAUCAGCUUUAUAUUUUAGCUAAAGGUGGUGUAGCUAUUUAUGCUGGAGCACCAGAAAAUCUUGGUCCAAAUUUACGAUUACAAUUAGGUAUUGAAGUUGAAGGUAGUCGACCACCUGUUGAAGAAUAUUUAAAAUUAGCUUGUCAUGGUAUCGAUGAUUCACGUGUUAGUCGAUUAGCUGAUCAAACACUUAUUGAAGAACAUCAAUAUUUACUUGCAAAUCAACAACAACUUCGUUUUUUAACUAAUGGAUCAGGAAUGCCAAGACGUUUAAAAUCAUUUACUAUUCGUGAUUUUUUUCUACAAUUAUAUCGUAUUUUUUAUAUUGUAUUUGUUGUCGAUUUUCGUAUACUAUCCUAUCAAUUAAUGGUUUAUGCUUGUUUCCUAUUGACUAUUGCAACCGUAUUUGAUCAUCGUAUGGUACGACCAUCAAUGUGUUAUCCAUUAGAUGAUCAAGAUAAUUCAACUAGUAGCAGCAGUAGUACAACAUGUCAACAACAAUUAGAUGAUGAAGCAUUUACUGAUAGUUAUAUUGCAUAUCAGGCAUUUUGUAAUCUAUUUUUUGGUGUUAUAAUGUUAGGUGUUGGAGCAAUAUUAUUUACACCAAUGUUAAAAAUGUUUCGUCAUGAACAUCGUAAUCGCUGGUAUUCGAUGUCAUCAUUUUAUUGGCCAUUUUUAUUGGUUCGACUAGUCGAAGUGACAAUGUUUUCAUUGUUCAUAACAAUAUUAAUAUAUUUUCCAACUGAACAUCAUCAAAUUGAUGGUUAUCGUAUAAAUUGGUAUCGUUUUUGGCAUUUUGCUUUUUUCAUUUGGCUUUCAUGUGUUUAUAUGCAAACAUUUGGACAAUUAUUAAGCCUAAUAUUUUUGGAUCAAUUAGAAAUAUCUAUAGUUAUGGCUCAAUUAUGGUUUAUACAAUUAAGUUUAGUCAAUGGUUAUUUAAUUAAUUUGGCACAUAUGAAUAUACCGAUUUUAAUGUUUGUAUCGGAUAUACUGGCAACAAAACCAAUAUCAAAUGGUUUAAUGUUUUCAUUUUAUGGUAUUGAUCGUUGUCAACCAGAAACUGAAAUGUCAAUAAUGAUGAUGAAAUUUAAUAUUGAUGAAUCACGUGUUUAUACACAAUUAACACAAGUUUUUAUCAAUAUGAUUAUUAUACGUUUAUUAACAUUUAUAUUGAUGUGUUUUCGAUUUAGUUUUGGUAAUAGAAAAUGGUCAUUAAUGGAUUGUUUUUGUUGUUUGAUUGAUAGUAAUCAUUCGAAUAAUAAAUUAACAAUAAACACUGGAUUAAGUCAAAUUGAACCAAUACCAAUUGAUUAUGGAAAAAAUCGUAAUAGAUUCACUAUAAAUGAUCAUAAAAUAAUUAAACUUUCGGAAAUUAGUCGAAUUAAACAUGGUAAAGAAAGACAAUUUGAACAAUUUUCAAGAAAUAAAAUUAUUGUUGGAUGGAGAUCGCUUAAUCUUUUUGCAUCUAGUUCGAUUAAAGAAAUACGUCCAGUACGACCAGAAUCACGAUUAAUUUUACGUAAUUUACAUGGACAAUUUCGUUUUGGAACAUUGAACGCUUUAAUGGGAACAUCAGGUGCAGGUAAAACAUCUUUAUUACGUGUUUUGAAUGGCCGUUGUAAAACUGAAUUAUCGGAAGAAACACAUAUUUAUUUAAGCCGAUUUACACCUAUAAGGAUAUGUUUUAUUACACAAGAUGUUUCUGGACAUUUAUUACCCGGAUUAACAGCAAAACAAAGUUUAGUAUAUGCAUCAAGAUUGAAAAACAGUGGUGAAGAGUGUGAAGGUCAAGUGGUUGAACAUGAAAAAAUUGCUAAAACAUUAUUGGAUGAAUUAGAUAUAAGCGAUACUGAAGAUACAUUGGUACAAGAUUGUUCAGGUGGUGAAAGAAAACGAUUGGCAUUAGCACUUGAAUUAACUGCAUUACGUAUGCCUAAUUUAAUUUGUAUUGAUGAACCAACAAGUGGUUUAGAUUCAAAUUCAGCAUAUAUUGUUGUUGCUUGUUUACGUCGACUUGUACUUCGUCAUAAUCUAACCAUUGUAGCAAGUAUUCAUCAACCAAAUACUGAAAUUUUAAUGAUGUUUGAUCAAUGUUAUGUAUUAGCAAGGGGUGGUGUAUCGAUUUAUUCCGGGCCACCAAAUCAAAUUAGUCAACAACUUGAAAAAAUUCCUGAAAUCAAUGUUGAUGUUGAUAAAUCUAAAUUUCCAAUUGAACAAUUAAUUAAAUAUUCAUCAUAUGCUUAUAAUGAUUCGGUUGUACAAAAAUUAGUAAAAUUAAAUGAACAACAAAUGUUAUCCAGUAGUGAUAGUCAAGAUUUAACCGAACAAACACAAUUAGUAAUCGAUGGUAUACAAUUGAAUCGUCCACAAUUUUCAUUAAGAUCUGUAUCAAUUUUAUGUCAACGAUAUAUGGUUUAUGUAAAAGGUUAUCUUUGGUUAUCAUUAAUGAUUUAUAUUGGUAUAUAUUUAUUUUAUGGACUUAUACUACGUGUAUUUUUUAGCGAUAAAAUUGCAUACACAAGUGGUUGUAUCGAUAUGGAAGAUGAUUUUAAUAGUACUUGUAAUCGUAAUCAAGAACGUAUUGAUCGUGAAAUGGAUUUGGCUAGUAAUUAUCGUUAUAAUUUUUAUCUAAAUUCAAUAUUUUUAUUUAUUGUUGUUUUACAAACAUCAUUAAAUUUUUCAAAAGAAUCUAUUUAUUUUUUUAAUGAACAUCGUAAUGGUUGGUACAGUACAGGUGCUUAUUAUGUGAUGAAAUCUUUAUAUGAUAUAACACCAAUGAUACCGGUUGUAUUUAUUUACAUAUGGAUUGUUAAUAUUUAUGAACCAAUAAGACCUGGAAUUUAUUGGUGGCUCGUACUAUUGGUAUUGAUCUCAGUCAUUGCCAUUCAAGGUAUGGGACAUCUAUUCGCAUUGUUAACUAAUGGUCAAUUUACAAUAUUGACUAUAACAAAUAUUGGUGUUUUUCUAUUCUUGGUAAUAUUAUCAAAUUUUUUCAAUCCAAUUGGUCGUAUGCAUUAUGUUUAUCAAUUAAUAUCAAAUCUAUCGAUUUGUCGAUUUUUAAAUGAAGCAACAAUUUUAUUACAAUAUGGUUUUGGUCGUUGUGGCCCGAAAGAAAUACAAGCAACAUUAUAUGUUAUGAUGUUACAUCAUGAUGAUCAUUUUUAUCAUUGUUUACAAAUGUUAUUAUUUAAUCUAUUAUUUUAUCGUGUAUUAUCAUUAGCUGUAUUAAUUGUUAAAUCAAAUCCAAUGGAAAAUCGUCGUCAACGUGCUGAAAAAAUUCGUAAAUAUCAAGAACAUAUGCGACCGUUAAAUUCUAUAAUACCCGGUCUGACGAUAUCUGAUCAACAAUUUUGUAUUAAAAAAAUUCAAAUUUAAUAUCAGCAAAGUUGAUUAAUCAAAAAAAUUUUUUUUUUAUAAAUGUUAU